AUCCGUAUGAACAUGCCGGUGUCAGAAGAAGGUAAAGUCAAUUUCACAACAACCCUUUUUGCUCUGAUAAGAGAAAACCUGAGCGUGAAAAUGAGACCAGCCGAGGAAAUGGACCAAGCUGACCAGGAACUGAGACACACCAUCAAGAAGCUCUGGCCACUGCAGGCUAAAAAGCUGAUAGAUAAAAUCAUUCCUCCAGAAAAUGAACUCCGCGAGGGGUCGCUCACUACUGGUAAAAUCUAUGCAGGUUUAUUGAUACUGGAGAACUGGAAGUCGUCGCGGUUUGGCCAGAACUAUACCUCAGAUAGCCUAGCCCGUAAUUCUUUUUUCCGGUGUUUGAUGGGCGCCGUACGAAACUCUAACACGCAUGCUCCAAGUCACGAAGAUUUACGUAAGGAAGAGCACCGUGGUAACACUAAGAGUCGUUCCACGCAUUCUCGCCAGGGGUCGCUUCAACAUUCUAGCCUAAGUAUUGACAAAGGACACAAUGAGUCGAAAAAGGAUUGGCAACACACUGUCGAAUUUUUACGACGUGGAACCAGUCGACGUAGAAGACCCAAUGAACAGGAAGCAGGCAAGGAGAAACUUCGUGGCAGUAAACAAGAGGUUAAAGAUAGAUCGCAAUCCCCUUCUCAUCAUACAUCACCCCCACCCCUCCGAGGAACAUCUCUAACCCCUACAUGGCGAUCUUCUUCUCCUUGCCGUGGCGUUUCAAAUACGGUAACGGAUCUUGGAGACCUAGAGAAGCACGAGACGACUCACUGGAGAGAGAAAGCUGUCAAAUAUCAAGGCCUAACUUCGUCGCACCGUGGAUUUCCCCCUGUUCGUCUGCGACAACGAAAUGCCUCCCCCAGCCAUGAAGAAAUCCGAUACAACAGUCCAGAGCAUCGAAAUAUGUGCCUUCAGAGACGAUGGCCUAGCCUAGGCCACGCGCCAGCACCAAACAAAAGUCGCAGGACAGCAUGGCUGGAGCGGCGUUCUUGUAGUCCUAGUCCUUGUUCAGCACACAGUUUAACUUUUCAACGUCGACCACGCGGAAGGAAACUACCCCAAAUCCCCAAUAAACCAUCAACGUUACAGCUUAAUGUGCGGUCUAUGGAACGAAUCAAUUUCCCAAUAGUGUCACGAUCACCCACGGUACGGGAGCAGAACAGAUCUUCGGACAUCUUCAAUUUUCCUAGAGUCAAUGCAUCACCCACUCGCAUCUCUGAAACGAGGGGACCAAAAAUGUGGCGGGAAAAAACACAUCCGUGCAACGGACCUAAGAGCCACGUGCUAACCCGUAACGCGCGAACAGUCAGUAUUCCUAGUUUACCACGUAACUAUCAUAAGCACGCGCAUAGAAGUGAUUGGGAAUACGCCCCAACUUUGCCUUAUAAUGAAAGCAGGCAUUUAGGCCUUCACAGAUCCAAGAAGCCUCUGAGCUUUGACCAAGCAGCAGAUGACGUUAGAGGUUUCCACCAUCUUCCGCCGCCGUUGCCAAAUGGUUACAAACCAGACCACAGAGGGCGCAACAUACAUCAUAGUAGGGAAGAAACUUUAAUUAUAAAAAGGACAGGUCCACCAAAUGAUUCAGACGACGACUGGUGCUAGCGUGAUACGAUCGGACGCCUAGAGCGCCACCUAGCGACUACAUGAUGCCGAAAAUCUAGUAUAUACCGAAUGGUACUGGUACAUGCAUCUAUUAAACAUUUGUUUUCCAUACCACAAUAUUUACCGUAUAUGUAUGUGUGUGUGUUUGUGUCUGUGCACAAAGUUAUAUAUAUAUAAGGUUAGAACCAUAUCGGUUAAAAAAUCAAAAAUUGAAAGCAAAUACUAUUCGAAUCUGUUAUGUUUCAGUGUUGUCAGGACACUCUACCUAUUGUUUCGCUGUGUUUCGUCUUUCAAUCUACUGUGAUAGAAUCUAACAUUUUUACCUAAACUAACGUUCUCGUCUCAUGUCCGCAAUUAGAAAACCUGUGUUUAGACGUUCUGAACAUCAUGCUGUGCUAUUAUUUCACCACAAACAGUUUGAUUCACUUUUCUUCUGCACGUGAACCAUCAAUGGUUUGUACAUGGUCAUGUAUAUACUUUGUUGUCGUUUUGUUAAAACAUUUUGAAAAGACAAGUUUAAAAUUAAUUGUACUUGUCUUAACACAGUCUUGAAAAUCCCUGAGGAACCAAGUAAAGAAUGCAGUGUUAAAAAAAAUAUAUUAGGCCUUACACUAAUAUAGAAUCUUGAAAAUCCCUAAGGGACUAG